AAGAAUAAAUUAAUCCAUAUCUUUUCGUAGAUGAAAAAUGAAACACCAUGGAUCACCUCAUAAAAGCUUUCGGAUAAGAUUUCCGGCGAUACAAACAAACAUACACAAAUUAGAAACGGAAUCAAAACCUAAGUCGCCAUGAAAUCCUUUGGGUGUUCCUUUCGCCAGGCUCUCCUCCUUCCAAAGCCUCCGCCACGGAAUCAAAGAACCGUAAUAAUCAACGACUCAACAAUCACAAAGAAUCUCAGCAAUUUCACAACAACAUCCAGAGGCCAAGUCCAAGUAAACGCCAAAGGCUUCACUGGUUCUCCAGCGACGGCGAAAAACAGAGAAACCGCCGCGAAAAACCUUUCCGGCCAAAAUAACAACGAAGACGACGACGACGAAAUUCCGGAAGCCGUAUACAGUAGGAUUAUAACGAGAAUCUUGGCAUUUGUCGGGAUUCCGAUGGCGUUCGGUGUGACAUUGUUGAAGAUUUUCCAAGCGAUUAAGGAGCAAAACCUUUGGGAUGUGCCUAUUUGGGUACCAUUUUUUACUACUUUCCUGACAUUUGGAGCUUCGACAAUGGGAAUUGCUUACGGGACCUUAUCGACGAGUUUGGAUCCGGAGAAGAAAGGAUCUGUGAUGGGAUGGGAAGAGGCCCAGAAGAAUUGGGUUGAAAUGUGGAAGGAGGAAGAUGAAGUCAGUCGCUAAGGAAAUUUAAUCGGCUCUCUGUUUGGUUACGGAGAUACCAUGACACGGAUAAGUAAGUCUCUGCGGAUUGUAUACCGGUAAUUAAUGUACCCAAAAAUGCAUAUGUUAGUAUAUAAUUUAAUUUGUAUGCUCGUAAA